UGAUAAAUUAAAUCAUUUUUAUACAAUAUUUUCUAUAUUUUUACUCAACGUUUACAAACAUUAAUGUUUAUAAAUCCAUAAUUAAUACUAUAUUUGCACUCAAUUUCAAUCAUUGCUUCAAAAUUUUGUGUAUUUUUAUACAAACCGACAAAAAUAUUGUGUAAAAUAUAUUGAGUAUAAGAUAUUCAACAAAUCAAUCAAUUGAUCCAUCAUUUUGUGUCUCAAUUUAAUUGAAAUUCAUUUGUAUAUAAAUAUCGGCCGAAAAUCAUUGUCUGUCUCAACGAAAUGAGUAAAAGUCUUAUUCAUUGCCUUUAAAUAACGUUAUGGUAAUGAGUGACGAAAGGAUCACUUCCAGAGGGUGGCCAAUUGGGACAGAAGUGGUGGCGAGAUAUCACUUCAGUGGUAAGGCUGAAGAGGACCUAUCCUUUGAAAAGGGAGACAUUCUUACGAUUACACACCAGACAAGGGACCCGAACUGGUAUAAAGCCAAACACGUGGACGGAAGGGAUGGUCUCAUUCCCGCCAACUAUAUCCAGAAGAGGUCUGAAGUCAAGUUGAAUGCAAUGCAUUGGUUUCACGGAAAGAUCACCAGAGAUGAGGCCGAAGCCCUCCUUCAGCCCAGAGAUGACGGCCUAUUUCUAGUUAGAGAGAGCACUAACUUUCCCGGAGAUUACACACUAUGCGUGUGUUUCAACGCACGGGUCGAGCACUACCGCGUCAUCUAUAAAGACAACAAACUAACCAUCGAUGAAGAAGAAUAUUUCGAGAACCUCUCGCAACUCGUCGAUGUAUUU